GGAAGUUGGCCCUCAGCCCACCGGAAACGGUUGGAAACCAAGAUGCUAAAGUCUCCCCUCCCAGAGUUGUGAGCAGGAGGGCUUUGUGUUAGUUUGUCAUGUGUUAGUUUGUCUUGUUCUGCCCAGAAGGACAUCUCGCCGAGUGGGAGCCAUGGAAGAAGACAUCCUGACCACGCUGAAGAUCUUAAUCAUCGGAGAAAGCGGCGUGGGCAAGUCCAGCCUCCUCCUCAGAUUCACAGAUGACACAUUCGAUCCAGAGCAAGCCGCCACAAUAGGUGUUGACUUCAAAGUGAAGACCAUCUCUGUAGACGGCAACAAGGCAAAGCUGGCAAUAUGGGACACGGCUGGACAGGAGCGCUUCAGGACCCUGACGCCCAGUUACUACCGAGGUGCCCAAGGAGUCAUCCUAGUGUACGACGUCACAAGACGAGAAACCUUCACCAAACUGGAGAACUGGCUCAACGAGCUGGAGACGUACUGCACAAGGAAUGACCUUGUGAAAAUGCUCGUUGGAAACAAAAUUGAUAAGGAAAACCACGAGCUAGACAGGGCAGAAGGGCUGAAGUUUGCAAGAAAACAUUCCAUGCUGUUUAUAGAGGCAAGCGCAAAGACCCGGGAUGGUGUCCAGUGUGCCUUUGAAGAGCUGGUGGAAAAGAUCAUCCAGAGUCCAGGGUUGUGGCAGAGCGAGAGUCACGGCAGGGGAGUGCAGCUCACCGACGAAGACGCAGGAGGUGACUCCUGCGGUGGAUUCUGCUCACUGGUCUAGACAACAGACACGCACACACAGAACAAUUUUGCAGCAUACAGGUGUGAGUACCCCACACACGGCUUCCAUCCUCACUCGUCGUCUUGUCCUGAGCCAAGUACCCAGACUGCGGCCUGGACCGUCCACACAGACUUUACUGUUUGCACACCUUCCGGUAAAGCUGCGCUUCUAAUGCAAAAAGACGCUGCGCCUCGGUCCUGACAACGCGGGAGUGCGCUCGUCUGGCCUCCCGCCUGCUUUGGCGUUGGUGGAAGUGGCGAGACAAUGGGAGGAAUAGCAGUUUACACUCUGCAACACACUCGUAUCAAAAGGGAGACACCACGACAAGGUCAACCAAAGUGUGGAAGAAAAGACGAGUUAUAUUGACCGAGGGUAACUUUUUGUUGAAUCUUGCUUGAGCUGGCUUACCUGUGCGGAACGCUCGCUGUUUGGACAAAAGUAUUGGGACCGCCCUUCCUCCUAGACCACCUGGCUCCUCUUGGGUCAUCUGUGAGUACUGUUUGGAAUCAAGUAAAUGUUCAGUUCAGUUUAUUUUCAGUCUAACAAAAACAUAUUCAAACAUGGAUCAAGAUUCAAAAAUGAAUAACAUGACUGAAACAGGCCCAACAUAACAUUUUUUACAUUCAAUUAAGUUAUCCAUCCAUCCAUUUUCUACCGCUUAUUCCCUUUUGGGGUCGCGGGGGGCGCUGGCGCCUAUCUCAGCUACAAUCGGGCGGAAGGCGGUGUACACCCUGGACGAGUCGCCACCUCAUCGCAGGGCCAACACAGAUAGACAGACAACAUUCACACUCACAUUCACACACUAGGGCCAAUUUUAGUGUUGCCAAUCAACCUAUCCCCAGGUGCAUGUCUUUGGAAGUGGGAGGAAGCCGGAGUAAUACAUACAUUGAUGUAUUUUUCAAUAUUCAACAUCUAUCCAUCCGGGCUUCACGGUGGCAGAGGGGUUAGUGCGUCUGCCUCACAAUACGAAGGUCCUGCAGUCCUGGGUUCAAAUCCAGGCUCGGGAUCUUUCUGUGUGGAGUUUGCAUGUUCUCCCCGUGAAUGCGUGGGUUCCCUCCGGGUACUCCGGCUUCCUCCCACCUCCAAAGACAUGCACCUGGGGAUAGGUUGAUUGGCAACACUAAAUUGGCCCUAGUGUGUGAAUGUUGUCUGUCUAUUUGUGUUGGCCCUGCGAUGAGGUGGCGACUUGUCCAGGGUGGAUCCAUUCAUCCAUUUUCUACCGCUUAUGGAUGGAUCCAUCCAUCCAUCCAUUUUCUACCGCUUAUUCCCUUUCGGGGUCGCGGGGGGCGCUGGCGCCUAUCUCAGCUACAAUCGGGCGGAAGGCAGGGUACACUCUGGACAAGUCGCCACCUCAUCGCAGGGCCAACACAGAUAGACAGACAACAUUCACACUCACAUUCACACACUAGGGCCAAUUUAGUGAUGCCAAUCAACCUAUCCCCAGGUGCAUGUCUUUGGAAGUGGGAGGAAGCCGGAGUACCCGGAGGGAACCCACGCAUUCACGGGGAGAACAUGCAAACUCCACACAGAAAGAUGCCGAGCCUGGAUUUGAACCCAGGACUGCAGGACCUUCGUGUUGUGAGGCAGACGCACUAACCCCUCUGCCACCGUGAAGCCCUCAAUUAAGUUACCUUUUCUAUUAAUUUUGUAAUACAAAAAGAAAUAUAGUCAUUCAGCAUUUACAUUUAAGUUGCCCUUUAACAAAUAAUACAAAAAUAUGUACUUACACACAUGCGCUUUUUUGUAAAUAGAUAAACAUACAUCCAUCCAUCCAUCCAUCCAUUUCUACCGCUUAUUCCCUAUAAACAUACAUACCUUCUAAAUACAACAUUUAACCAAACAAACAUACAUUUCUAGUUCACAUAACUUUUUAAAAUACAUUGUGACACGUUCUUUUUGAAAUUAAAUACUGAGUCACUCAUUUUUAUUUCUUUACCAACAGAAUUCCACAAAUGAACACCGAGAACAGAUAAACGUCUACGUUUAACAACUAAUCUUGCUUUUGGUCAAAUAAACUUAGAUUCAUCUCUUAGAUUGUAUUUGCCGGUCUGUAGAGAGAAGUAUUUUUGAAUUCCUUCUGGAAGAGUAUUUAUUUUUGCUUUGAACAUUAUCUAUGUUAUUUUAUAAUGAACAUAAUCUUGAAAUUUCAUAAGUUUUGAUUUAACAAAUAAUGGAUGGGUGUGGUCAUAAUAUCCUGCUUUAUUAGCCGUACAGCAAAACAAUAUCAUUAAUUAUGGUUUUAAAAGUGGGUUCCCCAGAGUUCUACACAGUAUGUCAUGUAUGGAAUGUGUAAUUGUAUCCACGUGACUCACAAUACGAAGGUCCUGAGCAGUCCUGAGUUCAAUCCUGGGCUCGGGGUCUUUCUGUGUGGAGUUUGCAUGUUCUCCCCGUGACUGCGUGGGUUCCGUCCGGGUACCACCGCCAAAGACAUGCACCUGUGGAUAUGUUGAUUGGCAACACUAAAUGGUCCCUAGUGUGUGGAUGUUGUCUAUUUCUGUUGGCCCUGCGAUGACGUUGCGACUUGCUCAGGGUGUACCCCGCCUUCCACCCGAAUGCAGCUGAGAUUGAUUGAUUGAUUGAUACUUUUAUUAGUAGAUUGCACAGUUCAGUACAUAUUCCGUACAAUUGACCACUAAAUGGUAACACCCCAAUAAGUUUUUCAACUUGUUUAAGUCGGGGUCCACUUUAAUCAAUUCAUGGUAAAUAGGCUCCAACGACCCCAAAAGGGACAAGCGGUAGAAAAUGGAUGGAUGGAUAUUGUGUUGCAAAGGAACCAAACAAAAGGAAAAACUACCAUUGGUUCUCUUUCAAAUCCUUUGGCUUUUGGCUUCCAAACCCCUCCUAUGUCCGAUAUAUGUUUGUAAACAAUAUAGAUACCGCAUUUUUCGGACUAUAAGUCGCACCUGCUGAAAAUGCAUAAUAAAGAAGGAAAAAAACAUAUAAGGUAAGGUUUAUUCAGGUGUACUGGAGAGGAGGCUACGCCGGAUAGUCGAACUUCGGAUUCAGGAGGAACAGUGUGGUUUUCGUCCUGGUGGUGGAACUGUGGACCAGCUCUAUACUCUGGGCAGGGUUCUUGAGGGUGCAUGGGAGUUUGCCCGACCAGAUUUGGAGAAGGCAUUGGACCGUGUCCCUCGGGAAGUCCUGUGGGGAGUGCUCAGAGAGUAUGGGGUAUCGGACUGUCUUAUUGUGGCGGUCCGCUCCCUGUAUGAUCAGUGCCAGAGCUUGGUCCGCAUUGCCGGGAGUAAGUCGAACACGUUUCCAGUGAGGGUUGGACUCCGCCAAGGCUGUCCUUUGUCACCCAUUCUGUUCAUAACUUUUAUGGACAGAACUUCUAGGCGCAGUCAAGGCGUUGAGGGGUUCCGGUUUGGUGACCGCAGGAUUAGGUCUCUGCUUUUUGCAGAUGAUGUGGUCCUGAUGGCUUCAUCUGACCGGGAUCUUCAGCUCUCGCUGGAUCGGUUCGCAGCCGAGUGUGAAGCGACCGGAAUGAGAAUCAGCACCUCCAAGUCCGAGUCCAUGGUUCUCGCCCGGAAAAGGGUGGAAUGCCAUCUCCAGGUUGGGGAGGAGACCCUGCCCCAAGUGGAGGAGUUCAAGUACCUAGGAGUCUUGUUCACGAGUGAGGGAAGAGUGGAUCGUGAGACGGUGCGGCGUCUUCAGUAAUGCGGACGUUGUACCGAUCCGUUGUGGUGAAGAAGGAGCUGAGCCGGAAGGCAAAGCUCUCAAUUUACUGGUCGAUCUACGUUCCCAUCCUCACCUAUGGUCAUGAGCUUUGGGUCAUGACCGAAAGGAUAAGAUCACGGGUACAAGCGGCCGAAAUGAGUUUCCUCCGCCGUGUGGCGGGUCUCUCCCUUAGAGAUAGGGUGAGAAGCUCUGCCAUCCGGGAGGAACUCUAAGUAAAGCCGCUGCUCCUUCACAUCGAGAUGAGCCAGAUGAGGUGGUUCGGGCAUCUGGUCAGGAUGCCACCCGAACGCCUCCCUAGGGAGGUGUUUAGGGCACGUCCAACCGGUAGGAGGCCACGGGGAAGACCCAGGACACGUUGGGAAGACUAUGUCUCCCAACUGGCCUGGGAACGCCUCGGGAUCCCCCGGGAAGAGCUAGACGAAGUGGCUGGGGAGAGGGAAGUCUGGGUUUCCCUGCUUAGGUUGUUGCCCCCGCGACCCGACCUCGGAUAAGCGGAAGAAGAUGGAUGGAAAAACAUAUAUAAGUCGCAUUUUUUGUGGAAAUUUAUUUGAUAAAACCCAACCAAGAAUAGACAUUUGAAAGGCAAUUUAAAAUAAAGAAUAGUGAACAACAGGCUGAAUAACAACUGAGAAGGUGCCUGCUAUGUUAACCUAACAUAUUAUGGUAAGAGUCAUUCAAAUACUUAUAACAUAUAGAACAUGCUAUACCUUUACCAAACAAUCUCUCACUCCUAAUCCAUAAAUCCCAUGAAAUUUUAUACGUCUAGUCCAGGGGUAGGGAACCUAUGGCUCUAGAGCCAGAUGUGGCUCUUUUGAUGACUGCAUCCGGCUCGCAGACAAAUCUUAGCUGACAUUGCUUAACACGAUAAUUAUGAAUAAUUUCGCUGGUAAUCACAGUGCUAAAAAUAACGUGCAAAAUAUAAAACAUUCUCAUGCAUUUAAAUCCAUCCAUCCGUUUUCUACCGCACCUGUUCAAGAAGUCGCAUUAAUGGUAAGAAGUUAUUUAUGUCACGAUGGGGGGGUCGCAGCUUGCUGCAGGGUCGUUCCCCCAGGAAGGCAGACGGACUACUCGGGACAUGGCAUUUAGGUAAAAACAUGAUUUAAUUUAAACUAAAAAAAGAUACAAACAAAAAUAGUUCACAGUAGAGGCACAACUUGGGCUAAGGAACAAAGCUAACGCAUAAACAGACUAUGAACAUAAAUCAAACAAAACUUACUUGGCAUGGCAUGAAGCACGAAACUAUGGCAAGGCAUGAAACAAGUCAGCACAGAGCAAGAAAAGAUCACAUUGACGCCAGGGCGACUGCCUGGCAAAGACAAGCUUAAAUACUGCCUCUGAUUAGUGCUCGGGAAGCAGGUGAGCAGGCAUUUUGUCCACCAGAGACAGUUGGACAAAAUGAGUAACCAAGGAAACCGGACAAGGGAGUGGAAAAAAACAGGAACUUAGAGUCCAAAGGACAAACAGCACAUGGCCAAGCAAAAACAUGAUCAACAGACAUGACAUUUGAUUUAUUAUUGGUUAGCUUCAGAAUAACAAAGUUAUUAAAAAGAAUAAAAGACUUAUUAUAAUACUCUAAAAAUGUUGGUCUUACUUAAAAAUGUACACAUUUAGUUGUAUUCAGUGUUAAAAAAUAUGAUAUGGCUCUUACGGAAAUACUUUUUGAAAUAUUUGGCUUUCAUAGCCAAAAAGGUUCCCGACCCCUGGUCUAGUCUCUUACGCGAAUUAGCUAAAUGAUAUUAUUUGAUAUUUUACGGUAAUGUCUUAAUAAUUUCACACAUAAGUCGCUCCUGAGUAUAAGUCGCACCCCCGGGCAAACUAUGAAAAAAAAACUGCCACUUAUAGUCCGAAAAACACAGUUGCACUGCAGAAAUGUUAUUCAUAGAAUAUAAAAUGGAAAAUACAGCUACUUAUUAAUACUAUCCAUAUCUGGAUGGAUCUGCCCAGCCCUGCUGGACCUUGCGUCGUGCAUCCAGGUACAGCUGCUCUUUGGCACAGAACACAGAACUUGUCCAAACAAAAGCAUAUUGCAGGAUGUAAGGGCCUGAUUUGUGUCCCAAAACUUUUGUCCAUCACUUAUACCUAGGACAUGUUGCUGUAGGGAAGUUCUUCAAUGCCAAACCGUCCUGAAGUCCCUCCCAACACUUUGAACUAUUUUCUCGCAGUAUCAGGACUUAAACAAGUGUUUCGGAGGACAUUUGGCCACUUCUGUUGACUUCAAAGAACGUCAGUGUUUUGUUUUGGAAAAAACCCAAAAAGGAUCAGCGAAACACUUUUCCACCCAACAUCAAUGAAAAGGGGAAGGCGUUGAAUCCCCGUGGUGCUGGAAUGGAGUCAUUCACAGAGAUGGUAUCAGCGGUACCGCUCACAGCGCUGCGGUCUGUCACACUAAAGGGAAAGUCUUUUAAUAUUGCACAGGCUUGCUUUCCCCUAAAUUUGGAGAGUCAAGAAAGGCUGUGAUUUGCUAAUGGGUUUAGCAGUUCAGAACCUGGGAGAUGUCCAGUUAGUCUGCGCCUCUGAUCUGGUUGUUAAAACAACAUGAAUACUACAAUGUCCAAGGGAUCACUUGCAUGAGGAACUGUCCGUGCCAUUCUUUGCCUGGUCCGUCCACUUAAAGGCCUACUGAAAUUACAUUUUUUUAUUUAAACGCUGAUAUCAGCUCCAUUCUAUGUGUCAUACUUCAUCAUUUCGCGAUAUUGCCAUAUUUUUGCUGAAAGGAUUUAGUAGAGAACAUCGACGAUAAAGUUCGCAACUUUUGGUCGCUAAUAAAAAAGCCUUGCCUGGACCGGAAGUAGCAGACGAUGUGGGCGUGACGUCACGGGUUGUGGAGCUCCUCACAUCCGAACAUUGUUUACAAUCAUGGCCACCAGCAGCGAGAGCGAUUCGGACGGAGAAAGCGACGAUUUCCCCAUUAAUUUAAGCGAGGAUGAAAGAUUUGUGGAUGAGGAAAGUGAGAGUGAAGGACUAGAUGGCGGCAUAGCUCGGUUGGUAGAGUGGCCGUGCCAGCAACUUGAGGGUUGCAGGUUCGAUUCCCGCUUCCGCCAUCCUAGUCACUGCCGUUGUGUCCUUGGGCAAGACACUUUACCCACCUGCUCCCAGUGCCACCCACACUGGUUUAAAUGUAACUUAGAUAUUGGGUUUCACUAUGUAAAGCGCUUUGAGUCACUAGAGAAAAGCGCUAUAUAAAUACAAUUCACUUCACACUUCACUAGAAAGAAAGAAAAAAAGAACAUAAAUAAAUAAGGCAUAAAUAAGGCAGCGAAGGACUAAAAAGAAAGAAAAAAAGAACGUAAAUAAAUAAGACAUAAAUAAGGCAUAAAUAACAACUGAGAAAGUGCCUGCUAUGUUAACAUAACAUAUUAUGGUAAGAGUCAUUCAAAUAACUAAAACAUAUAGAACAUGUUAUACCUUUACCAAACUAUCUCUCACUGCUAAUCGCUAAAUCCCAUGAAUACUUAUAAAAAAAGACUAGACUGCAGUGGAAACGAUUCAGAUGUUAUUAGACACAUUUACUAGGAUAAUUCUGGAAAAUCCCAAUCUGUUUAUUGUGUUACUAGCGUUUUAGUGAGAUUAUAUGGUCGUACCUGUACAACCUGAAGGUCGGCCCCGCACCUUUCUUCAGCACCAGUCGACUGGUGGUGGCGAUGCCCAUCUCUGCCCUUCGCAAAUGGACCCUCUUCGAACCACGAUCUUUCGAAAUAAUCGCUUCAUAAUAAACUGUACUUUGUGUGUGUGGUCCAAUCCGACCGUGUUCGCUUGACAUCUCUGUUCCAUAGUAAAAAGCUUGACUGUCAUCUUUUGGGAAUGUAAACAAUGAAACACCGGCUGUGUUUGUGUUGCUAAAGGCGGCCGCAAUACACCGCUUCCCACCUACAGCUUUCUUCUUUGACGUCUCCAUUAUUCAUUGAACGAAUUGCAAAUUCAGCAAUACAGAUGUUCAUAAUACUGUGGAAUUAUGCGAUGAAAAUGGAUGUGUUAUAGCUGGGAACGGUGCUGGAACAACAAUGCGUGACGUUUUAGCAUGAUACUUCCGCGCAAAAUUAAAAAUUGCAAUUUAGUAAAGUAAAGCGGCCGUAUUGGCAUGUGUUGCAAUGUUAAUAUUUCAUCAUUGAUAUAUAAACUAUCAGACUGCGUGGUCGCUAGUAGUGGCUUUCAGUAGGCCUUUAACUUUAGCUGAAAGUAAAAGAGCAUUCUGGUUUUAGCUUUUAACUCAAAAUUGUUUUUUUUUGUCUGUUCAGAGAUAUGAGCCAUUAAUAUUUGUGUACAUUUGGUGUAUUUUAGGAAUUAGACGGAAUCCUUGAGAUGUAAAACUGAAUGUAAACAUACAAACUGCCCUAUGUAUUAAAAUUGUCUUUUUCUCCCCCCCCCCCCUACAGUCCUGCAAACGUCAGGCUUGGUUGAUGCAAUAAAGUAUGAAAAGGAA